CCCCCGGAACUGUCCCUGCUGAUAUGAGGACCGCUGCUGCCGGCUCACACCAUGCUCAAGAGGCAGAAUCCCGGCGCUCCAGAGCGCAGCAGGGAUCUCGCAGCCCAUGGAGCAGCUCUGCCCAUGUCUCACAAUGACUCACGCUCCUUUUUCAACCUGUCUCAGCUGGUGCUCUCUGCUGGCCAAAUCAAACCAUCGCCAGCGCUCAAACAUUCAAAAAUCACCUACUUUGAAGUAGAGAUUGUUGAUGUGCACAGCAAGAAGCAGAUCUGCAUUGUGGACAAGGUACCUCCAGCAUCUACUAUUCUUGAUGUGAAACACAAAUUUCACAAAACAUGUCCCCAGUGGUACCCAUCCCGUGUUGGGCUGCAGCUGGAACGCAAUGGGCCCUUUUUGAAGGAUUCCAUCAGCAUCCAAAGCCUUGCUGUCUCCUCCAUCGUUACACUCUAUUUUACAGACCUGGGUCAGCAGGUUGGUUGGACCACAUUUUUUCUAACAGAAUACACCGGGCCUCUUCUCAUAUAUUUGCUCUUUUACAUUCGCCUCUCGACGAUUUAUGAUCAAGUGGAAAGCAGGAAGAACUUCCGCCACCCAGUGGUUCACUUGGCCUGCUUCUGUCACUGUUUACACUACAUCAGACAUCUUCUGGAGACAUUAUUUGUUCACAAGUUUUCGGAAGGGCACACUCCUCUGAAAAAUAUGAUAAAGGGCUGUGCCUUUUACUGGGGAUUCACAUCCUGGAUUGCAUACUACAUCAACCACCCACGGUACACGCCUCCAUCAUUUGGCCACAAACAAGUUUCUUAUGCUGCUCUUGUUUUUCUGAUGUGUGAAGCUGGAAAUCACUUUAUCAACGUAGCUUUAGCUCACCAAAUCAAUUCAGAAGGAAAUAGAACCUGUUUUCCAAGUCCAACCUACAACCCCUUCACGUGGCUCUUCCUGCUGGUAUCCUGUCCCAACUAUACAUAUGAGGCUGGGUCUUGGAUUAGUUUCACAGUGAUGACACAAACUCUGCCAGUUGGCAUUUUUGCUUUCCUGAUGGUCAUCCAGAUGUCCCUGUGGGCCCAGAAGAAACACAAGCUGUAUCUGAAGAGAUUUUAUCCAGAAGUGAGGAGAAAAGCAGCUAUGAUUCCCAUCAUCUUCUGAGAUUGCCACCAGAGUUGGAGCCUAAGUACACUUCAAGAGCCAGCUCAGAGUAAAUGAGCCAUUUCAUUCAGGAACUAAGUGGAUCAGAGGAAAACCUACUGGAUAUAUUUUGCAGGAAAUUAACAGUUCAAGAUGAAGAGGUUUUAAUUAAAUGCAAAAAUUUAACUCUUGAAUUCCUGCUAAAAGAUAUGAUUUAAUUAGAUUUUCUGUAAUGGAGCUAAUUGAAAAGGGACAAGAAAAAUGCUUAUAUUGAAUGCUAGAUAUUUAGCUGGUGUAAAUGGGCACAGAUGCUGCUAAAAUUAAUGAACACAACUUGUCUGAACACAUUCAGGUAUGGUAAUUUUAAGGUUCAGUGUUAGAUAUUGAGGGGAGUCUUGGAUUUUUCCAUCAGAAGAUGUUUCAUAGCCUUAUUUUUAUUUAACUGCACAGAAAAAGCACAUUCUGCCUCAGCUCCUCUAAGGUGUCACAUCAAAGGAUGACCACUGUGCUGUGAACACUAGUCUAUCUUCACAAAGUUUUACUUCUUUUUUUAAUCAAAUCUCAUAGCAAAUUAUUUAAUACAAAUUGGCUUAAAUUGCUCACUGCAAAGAGGACUGGCUUUCUUUUUUUUUUUAGGUAGGCAGAUCAGCCCCACUAUCCCAAGAGAGGAUUGUUUGGUGCCCUUAGGCUGGUGAAAAAAAUCUUGCCUAAAGAAUUUUAUAAUCAUUAGAGAAAUGCUGGAGUAAACAAGCAAGGCAGGCAGUUUGUCUCCUAAAGACUCUGUUAUCUUUGCACCAGCUCAAGUGUUCUAACAAAGUUAAUUUGCCUGGUAAAUUGGGUUCACAUCCCUCUUCUAAUGUCUACCUUGCAACACUUAUCCUAUUAGCCACUGUAACUUAAUUUCAUCUUUGUAGUGUAAAUAUAUCACUUUCCAUUUCUUUUUAACUUGUAACCUGUGAAGUAAAAUUUUUAUUCCUCUCAACGGAAAACCCUAAUCAAAGUGAAUAUCCAGUUCUCUAACCCAGACUGCUAAUAAAGAUCUAUUUUUGAAAAAAUAUUUUUGUACUCUUUAAGCAAAUACUUAACCCCAAUAUUUUUAAAACUUUUUUUCCCAGACAAUGUUAGAUGCAUGAGUAAAGGCUGUUGUGUUUUUUUUUUAAAUCCAGCUACUGAAAUUAUUUUCCCUUAGUGUUUAUUAAAUGUCUUAUUUUAAAGUUCUAAAACAGUCUAUAUAAAAGAGUAACUUAUUAAAAUCAAUUACUUAUUAUUCUUUUGAUAAGUGGGUGCAGAUUUAAGUAUAUUCAAGGCAUGUUUCCAGUGGGAUUUCAAUUGCUGGGAACAUGGUUCCUAUUCAGCAGUUAGCUUAGGUGAAGGAAAAACUUAAGGAAUUGUAAACUCCCUGUUUAUUCAGUACAUGGGGUAAGGGGGAAAAGAGUUUUGGCUCCUGAGGUAAAUGACUGAAGUUUUAAAGUAAGGUAAAAAGUAAAGUAAAGGGUGAGAGCAAACACUGGGUAAGAAAAAAUGAAGAUACAUGACAGAAGGCUGUCUCAGAUAAACAUGAUAGAUACUUUGAGAUUCACCAGUGGGGUGUUGAUGAGCUAAAACUGCUCUGAACAGUGUUAAAUGGCUUCACAAAUAGCAAUAAAUCUAACUUCCUGCACCUUU